AUGUUGUUGGUGUCGGUUCUGUUGGGAUUCGCCCUCCCAAUAAUGGGGGUGUAUGUUCCGCCUGGACCGCGAUAUAAAUGUCCUAGGGAAUCAAUAUACAUAUUUCCAUGUACAUGUAUUCAUGGCGGCGACAAAGGACUGUACGUCAGGUGCGAAAAUGCAAAUUUGGCAAGCCUGAGUCUUGGACUGAUCAAUUUGGGCAACGACGGGGCGCCUAUAGAGGAGCUUACGUUGUACAAAUGCAACAUAGCUCGAUUUUAUGGACCGGCGCUGUAUACGUUGGAGGUGCGAAUUUUGAGAAUCGUGGAGACGCCGUUGAAACUUAUCGAGGAGCACAGUUUCCUCGGAGUGAACAGGACCCUUCAGGAAUUUCAUUUAACUCAAAGCGAAUUAGAAAAAUUCCCGAAAGAGGCGUUCCAGAUUCUUGGGAAUCUUUCGAUCCUCUGCAUAUCCGGCCACAACAUGACCUCGCUUCCGGGGAACAGUUUUUCCGGAAGCUUGGCGGCUGCCAAGUUGGAAAAACUGGAAAUUAGUAACGGGUCGUUGAGUUCAUUGCCAGUCGAAGCACUCACGCCCUUGAAGAAACUGAGAACGUUGGACCUCCACGGAAACAGGAUUAAGGAGUUGAAGAGAAAUCAGUUUAAGGGACUGAGAGACACCGAAAAUUUGGAUCUGUCGCAUAAUUUAAUAGACAAAUUGGAUCCCUCGCACUUGGCAGACUUGACGAAAAUGGGGUGGUGCAAUUUGUCUCACAAUGCUAUCGGCGAACUGAAAAGGGGAACUUUCGCGAGGAAUUCCGUCUUGAAGGUCUUGAAUUUAAAUUAUAAUAAAAUUAAGAAGCUCGACUCUAACACCUUUCGCGGAAUGCGAUUUUUGAGGAGAUUAUUCUUGAGCGACAACCAAAUCAAUGAAGUGGCUCGGGGCACCUUUGGAUCGAUUACUAGGAUUGGAACAAUCGACCUGGCUCGAAAUUUCAUCAAGAAAGUCGACUAUCAAAUGUUCAACCAGCUACAGUACUCAGAGCUGAUCGACGUGUCGGAGAAUCUCGUGACGGUCAUAGAAAAGCUCGCGUUUAAAGAUUUGUACUUGACGAAAGUCAACCUUUCGCAUAACGAAAUCUCGAAAAUCGAGGCGGGCGCUUUCGAGAAUUGCGCUAACAUAACGAUAUUGGAUUUGAGUUACAACAAGCUGGAGAACAUCUCGAAAUAUGCAUUCGACAGUGCCUCGUACGCGAUGGAAUUGCAGCUGAGCUAUAAUCAAUUAACCUCCUUAAAUCAAGUUCCUCUUCACAAUAUGACAGGUAUGAAGGUUCUAAACGUGUCUUACAAUCUGAUACAUUCGGUGCCUCGGCAGACCUUUCCAAAAUUGUACGAGCUCCACACAAUCGACUUGUCGAACAACAACUUGUCCGAAAUUUACAACGCAGUCUUCCAGACGUUGUUCAGCCUUCGGUUUUUAAACCUCUCGCAUAAUUCCCUGGAAAAAAUCAAACCUUCAACCUUCGGGCCUCUCCCGACCUUAUUGGAACUGGACAUGAGUUACAACCAACUGAACGACGUCGCUCGUGGAAGUUUAACCCGUCUGGCCAGUUGCAGGACGAUAUCAGUGAAGAACAACAAUUUGAAGAAGAUUUUCCAAUUGCCGAUUUCUCUGGGGUACUUGGACUUUUCGGAAAACGCUAUAGAAGAAAUCCCGACGACCGACGUCUGGCCUUCGAUGAACGCCCUACUUUCCCUGGACUUAUCAGCCAAUCAGCUGGCUGAUAAUCUUCAGCAAGGCUCUUUUGCAAACCUGCUGACUUUAAGGAUUCUCGAUUUGCGGAGAAACGGAAUGACGAAACCGCCAAGGGACGCCCUCGGCAGUCUGAGUAGUCUUCAGUACAUAUAUAUGCAGGACAACAAUUUGACCAGCCUCAGCAAAGCGGCCUUUGGUCGGUUACCAAUAGUGUUCGAGUUGAACCUGGCGAACAAUCGGAUCCAGAACAUCAGCAUCCGGGCUUUUGAAGGCCUUUUGCAGCUGCUGAUCUUAAACUUGACGAGCAAUGAUCUUAAAGAAAUCCCGAACGGAGCUUUUCAAGGUCUGGUGUCCUUGAGGAGUCUGGACCUCUCGAACAAUCAGCUGGAGAAACUGGAUAACAAAACCCACGGUCUUCUGGACGACUGCUUAUCUCUGGAGAAGCUUAAUCUAAGUCGCAACAAAAUUUCGUUCGUGACGAAGAAGACCUUACCGAACGACCCAUGGAUUCCGUACAGACUGAAGGAGGUCGACCUCUCUUACAACAGCAUGCCGGUCGUGACUUUCGACCUCACCGUGGGUGCUAAAAAAGUGACAUUCUUGAACCUGAGCCAUAACAACAUCAAUGAAAUCCGCAGAUACGUUAUCGGGAACCUAACAUCCCUGGCGACCUUGGACCUCUCCUACAACGACAUCAGCGAUCUUGGAGGCGAAGAAGUCUUCACGCCGCCGAGGAACUUGAGCAACCUCUUCUUGGGACACAAUACGUUGACUCAUUUGCCCCUGGCGAAAAUCCUACCCAUGCCUAACCUCAAAAUCCUCGACCUAGAGUUCAACAAUUUCGCCAGCUUCGACCCCGGCCUUUUGAAGAUCGUCCAAAACGACACCGUUGUUAAUUAUGUCGGAAAUCCUUUGCAUUGCGACUGUUACGUCAGACCUCUGAGAAGGUGGAUGAGCACGCUGACAGAAAUACCAGCUCAAUUGUCAAAUUUGGAAUGCGCGAGUCCGAAUUACGUGGCCAAUUGGACGCUCCCGGAAGUGACGGAAGAUCUGAUGACUUGCAGCGAGAGGGAGAUUCUUGAAGACCCGAAUUUCGACAUUUCUCCCGAUGUCAAAUACCGCGACAUCGAGUACAAUAACGAGGAGGAUACGUGGAAAAUCACGUGGUACGUGACAUCGAGAGAAGAUAUUGGUGAUUUUUAUAUUGUGGUUCGAGAGGCUGGCAAAAGUAAAUCGCUCUACGAGAAGGACCUGAUCUACAGCACCAGGUCCUUCAAAAUCGGCGACCUGCCCAUUUCGACGUCGAAGUACGAAUUGUGCCUGCUGGCCAGAGACUCGCAGGGAAACGUUAAACACUUCAGAAAUUCCCAGUGUCGAAUUUUAACUAAGUAUUCCACGAUCUCGUCGAGUUCUGUCACAGCGAACAGCCUCGUAGCCUUAGUGGGUAUUUCCUUUUUAACUCUUAUCUGA